AUGUACUCUGACUUUUCUGACGUCCUCACCAACGUCGCCCGGCCAAAGACAGCGGCGACCAUCACACUGCGAAUAAUAAAAUCCUUCGAGUACCGCACAGAAAAGAGCCUCGUCCUGCACAAUGUCAAUCUCGAGACGACGACUAUAGGCCAACUGAAGGACUUGGCUCGUGAAGCUGUCAAGACACAACCAGGAUGGAAGCCAUACCGAAAUGUCGUUUUGGAUACGCUCAAGCUGUAUACGCAAGCUCACAGUGCAAAGACCACAAAUCUGAUAAUAAAUCUCGACCACGAUGAAUGGCUAUUCGACGAUGAUUCCAAGGUAUUAGCCGAUGUUGGGUUCGAAAACGAAACAGAAGUCAGUUUCUUCAGUCGGGAGUUGUACGAGAAAUUCAAGCAAAAUCCUCAGACAAGUUGGGAUUGUUGA